CGAGGCUCAGCUUGUCAGCUGCUUCUGCUAAAACCCUAAUCAUCCCUCCGAUAAACUGAAUUACUGUGCAUGAGGACUUCCUUUUUUACCCUCUGAUUAACGCAUCCUCUGGGAUUUCCAUACCUUCCCGUUUUCUAAUGGCGGACUCAUUAGAUGCUCUUAUUUCUAUUGCCGAAUUUGUUUCAACUGCGUCCACCACCAAACGGGUUCGGAUAUUCCGUGAUGAAAUCCCAUCGAUUUUGAAUAACUUAGAAAUGUCUCUAGACGUGGCAUCAUUCUUGACAGAUGUAAUCUUUAGAACAGUUCUGAUUUAUGAUGAUCGUGGAUCAAGGAAAGCUGUUGAUGAUGUGAUUGUAAAAGCUUUAGGUGAAACAGUGUUCAUGAAAACUUUUGCUGCGGCCCUUGUUCAGAAUAUGGAGAAGCAGUCGAAGUUUCAAUCACAUGUAGGCUGCUACAGACUGCUCAGUUGGUCAUGCCUUCUUCUAAGUAAUAGCCAGUUUGCUGCUGUUUCGAAGAAUGCUUUGUGUAGAGUAGCUGUAGCCCAAGCUUCAUUACUGAAGGUUGCCAUGCAAAGAUCAUUCCGUGAGCAAAGGGCUUGCAAGAGGAAGUUUUUCCAUUUGUUUUCUCAGAUGCCUAAUAUUUAUGAAGUCUACAUAGAAGAAUUGAAGGGUGCUCGGAUCCCAUUCAAGGACAGUCCUGAAUUAUUAUUGUUGUUACUCGAGUUCUCUAUCCAAUUUCCAUCUUUAUUUGGAGAAUUUAAGUCAGCCUUUCUUGAUAUAUAUGUUCAAGCAAUACUUAAUGCAAAAGAAACCAACAAUAGUCUUAUUGAAGCAUUUUCUCCCCUUUAUUCACAAAUGUCACACGAAGAUUUUCAAAAUAUUGUGGUCCCAUCCUCUGUUAAAAUGCUGAAGCGAAACCCAGAGAUUGUGUUGGAAUCCGUUGGAAUUCUUUUGAAGUCUGUUACACUUGAUUUGAGCAAGUACGCUAUGGAGAUUCUUUUAGUGGUAUUAGCACAGGCCAGGCAUGCUGAUGAAGGGAGGCGGAAUGGAGCAUUAGCUAUAGUCAAGAGUUUGAGCCGGAAGUCUAGCAACCCAGAUGCUUUAGAAGCGAUGUUUAAUGCUGUCAAAGCUGUUAUUAAGGGCUCAGAAGGAAGAUUAGCUUUUCCAUAUCAGCGAGUAGGGAUGGUGAAUGCAAUCCAAGAACUAUCUUAUUCAGCAGAUGGGAGACACCUCAUCAGCCUGUCACGUGCAAUAUGCAGUUUUCUUUUAUCGUACUACAAGGAUGAUGGAAAUGAGGAGGUAAAAAUUGCAAUUUUGUCAGCUUUAGCUUCUUGGGCUGUUAGAUCUGUAGAUUCGAUUGAGGAUGGUACGGUUGCCUUUUUUGUUUCUGGUCUCAAAGAGAAGGAGCCAUUAAGAAGGGCAUUUCUACGUUGUCUGCAUGCUGUUUGCAUAAAUGCAGAUGCUGCCACGAAGAUGUCAUCUUUGCUGGGACCUCUUGUCCAGCUUGUAAAAUCUGGUUUCACUAAGGCAGUGCAGCGAUUGGAUGGAAUAUAUGCAUUGCUAUUAGUUGGGAAGAUAGCUGCGGUUGAUAUUAAAGCUGAGGAAACAUUGGUGAAGGAAAAGCUAUGGUCUCUGAUAUCGCAGAAUGAGCCUUCUCUCAUACCAAUUUCCAUGGCUUCAAAGCUGUCAGUUGAGGAUUGCGUGGUGUGCGUUGAACUUCUGGGGAUAUUACUUAUGGAACAUUUACAGCGAACAUUGGCCAACUUCUCUGCCAAAUUGCUGUUACAGUUAAUUAUCUUUUUCUUAUGCCAUCCGAGUUGGGAUAUUCGAAGAAGAGCUAAUAGUGUUGCUAGGGGGAUUAUUUCUUCUGCUCCAGAAUUAUGUGAAGAUCUUUUCUUUGAAUUUUCUAAUUUUCUUUCUUUGGUCGGAGAGAAACUUCGUGCUUCAAAAAUAAGUGACACUGAUAUUUCUUCAGACCCUCAAGUUCCUUUCAUUCCAUCUGUCGAGGUUUUGGUAAAAGUUCUUCUGGUAGUGUCACCAGCAGCUCUCAAGGUUUCUCCAGAUUCCUUUAUCCAAAUAUUAUUUUGCUCACAUCAUCCAUGCGUCGUUGACAGUGCAAGAAGAGAAGUAGUGUGGAAGAGGCUCUCAAAGUGUCUUCGAGCAAAUGGUUUUGAUGUCAUUGAUAUCCUUUCAGCAAAUGUGGCGAAUAUUUGCAAGGUCUUACUGGGACCAGCUGGCUUGAAGAGUGAUAAUUUACUCGAACAACAGGCAGCAAUUUCCUCACUUUCCACAAUGAUGUCUAUAAUCCCUGGAGAUACAUAUGUGGAGUUUGAAAAGCAUUUGCUAAAUCUCCCUGACUGGUUUUCACACAAUAAACUUUCAGAGAAUGACAUUCGGAUUUUUCAUACCCCUGAAGGAAUUCUUUCCACGGAGCAAGGAGUUUAUGUUGCAGAGUCUGUUGCUGUGAAGAAUGCAAGACAAGCAAAGGGUCGCUUCCGAAUGUAUGAUGAUCAAGAUGGCAUGGAUGAUGCUCGUUCUAACCAUAUAGUGAAGAGAGAUCAACCUAGCCGAGAAGCUGCUGGUACAGGGAAAAGGGAUACUGCAAAAGUGACUAAGAAGGCUGACAAGGGGAAAACAGCAAAAGAGGAGGCUAGAGAAUUACUUCUCAAAGAGGAGGCUUCUAUCCGUGAUAGAGUCUUCAAAAUUCAGAAAAGCCUAUCUCUGAUGCUACGAGCUCUGGGAGAGAUGGCCAUUGCGAAUCCAGUUUAUGCUCAUAGUAAAUUGCCUUCAAUGGUCAAGUUUGUUGAGCCUUUAUUACAAUCACCUGUUGUAAGUGAUGAGGCCUUUGAGACCAUGAUAAAGCUAUCAAGAUGCACUGCUCCUCCUCUAUGCAAUUGGGCCCUUGACAUUUCUACUGCUUUACGUUUAGUUGUGACUGAUGAAGUUCGUCAUCUUUUGGAUCUGAUACCUUCAGUUGCUGAUGAGGAAGGCGAUGGAAGACCAUCCAUCAGCCUUUUUGAGCGAAUAUUAAAUGGAUUAUCUGCUUCUUGCAAAUCAGGGCCACUUCCUAUUGAUUCUUUUUCUUUUGUAUUCCCGAUAAUGGAGCGUAUUCUUAUGUGCCCAAAGAAAACAAAAUUUCAUGAUGAUGUGCUUCGGAUACUUUAUUUACACCUUGAUCCUCAUCUUCCUCUUCCUAGGAUCCAAAUGUUAUCGGUUCUCUAUCAUGUGCUUGGUGUUGUUCCAGCUUAUCAGGCAUCAAUAGGGCCUGCACUAAAUGAGUUGAGUCUUGGUUUGCAGCCUGAUGAAGUUGCUGCUGCUCUUUGUGGAGUUUAUGCAAAAGAUGUUCAUGUACGUAUGGCAUGCUUGAACGCUGUCAAAUGUAUCCCUGCUGUUGCUAGUCGUUCUCUUCCAGAGAACACUGAGGUUGCGACAAGUAUAUGGAUUGGCUUACAUGAUCCUGAGAAGUCAGUUGCUGAAGUUGCUGAAGAAAUAUGGGAUCAUUAUGGUUUUGACAUCGGAACUGACUUUUCGGGACUUUUCAAAGCACUAUCUAAUGUUAACUACAAUGUGCGCUUGGCAGCUGCAGAAGCAUUGGCUGCGGCCUUGGAUGAACACCCAGAAUCUAUUCAGGAAUCCCUUACCACUUUAUUUUCACUGUAUGUUCGUGACAUGGGUGUUGGGGAUGAUAAUAUUGAUGCUGGUUGGUUGGGUAGGCAAGGAAUUGCAUUAGCGCUUCAUUCAGCUGCUGACGUAUUGAGAACAAAAGACCUACCUGUUGUCAUGACGUUUUUAAUUUCGAGAGCACUGGCUGAUCCCAAUGCAGAUGUUAGAGGGAGAAUGAUUAAUGCUGGUAUCAUGAUCAUUGAUAAGCACGGAAGAGAAAAUGUGUCUCUGCUAUUCCCAAUCUUUGAAAACUACUUAAACAAAACAGCAUCAGAUGAAGAAAAAUAUGACUUGGUUCGGGAAGGUGUGGUUAUAUUUACUGGAGCCUUGGCAAAACACUUGGCAAAGGAUGACCCUAAGGUUCAUACUGUUGUGGAGAAGUUGAUGGAUGUUUUAAAUACUCCUUCAGAAGCCGUUCAACGAGCAGUCUCAAUGUGUCUAUCUCCAUUAAUGCAGGCAAAGCAAGAUGAUGCAGCAGCUCUUGUUAGCGGACUGUUGGAUCGAAUGAUGAAAAGUGAAAAAUAUGGAGAACGUCGUGGAGCUGCUUUUGGACUUGCCGGAGUGGUUAAGGGUUUUGGCAUUUCUUGCUUGAAGAAGUAUAGGAUUGUAGCUCUACUUCAAGAAGGUUUUGCUGACAGGAAUUCAGCAAAAUCUCGUGAAGGAGCCUUACUUGGAUUUGAAUGCCUUUGUGAAACACUUGGAAGACUGUUUGAACCGUAUGUGAUUCAAAUGUUACCAUUACUUUUGGUUUCCUUCUCUGAUCAAGUUGUUGCAGUUCGUGAAGCAGCUGAAUGUGCUGCCCGCGCAAUGAUGUCUCAACUUACUGCCCAGGGAGUGAAGCUUGUCCUUCCAUCUCUUCUGAAGGGUCUUGAAGAUAAAGCUUGGAGGACAAAACAAAGUAGUGUUCAGCUACUUGGUGCUAUGGCAUACUGUGCCCCUCAACAGCUGUCUCAAUGCCUCCCUAAAAUUGUCCCUAAGUUGACUGAGGUUUUAACUGACACCCAUCCUAAAGUUCAGUCAGCUGGGCAGAUGGCCCUUCAGCAGGUUGGGAGUGUAAUAAGGAAUCCAGAAAUAGCUGCUCUUGUCCCUACGCUUCUUAUGGGUCUUUCUGAUCCCAAUGAACACACAAAAUACUCCCUCGAUAUUCUUCUCCAAACAACAUUUGUUAAUUCAAUUGAUGCCCCAUCGCUUGCAUUAUUGGUACCAAUAGUGCAUAGAGGAUUAAGGGAAAGGAGUGCUGACACUAAGAAGAAGGCAGCACAAAUAGUUGGAAACAUGUGUUCCUUGGUUACAGAGCCAAAGGAUAUGAUUCCGUACAUAGGAUUGCUGCUUCCAGAAGUGAAAAAGGUUCUUGUGGAUCCUAUACCUGAAGUUCGUUCAGUUGCGGCUAGGGCCCUUGGAUCCCUUAUCAGAGGAAUGGGUGAAGAUAACUUCCCAGAUCUUGUCCCAUGGUUGUUUGAAACGCUCAAGUCUGAAAACAGCAAUGUUGAACGCUCUGGAGCUGCUCAGGGCUUGAGUGAGGUCUUAGCUGCACUUGGCAUUGAAUAUUUUGAGCAUGCACUUCCUGAUGUCAUCCGAAAUUGUUCCCAUCAAAGAGCGUCUGUACGAGAUGGAUAUUUGACACUGUUCAAGUAUUUGCCACGGUCAUUAGGAGUCCAGUUCCAAAACUACCUGCAACAGGUGUUGCCUGCUAUCCUAGAUGGUCUUGCUGAUGAGAAUGAAUCUGUUCGUGAUGCUGCCCUAGGAGCUGGACAUGUCCUGGUUGAGCAUUAUGCAACAACGUCUCUACCUCUGCUCCUUCCAGCUGUAGAAGAUGGCAUUUUUAAUGAUAGUUGGCGUAUCCGACAAAGCUCAGUCGAGUUGUUGGGUGAUCUUUUAUUCAAAGUUGCUGGAACAUCUGGUAAAGCUUUGCUUGAGGGGGGCAGUGAUGAUGAAGGUGCCAGUACUGAGGCCCAUGGACGAGCUAUCAUUGAGGUUCUGGGAAGGGAUAAGCGUAAUGAAGUCCUUGCUGCACUGUAUAUGGUUCGAGCUGAUGUUAGUUUGUCAGUUCGCCAGGCUGCAUUGCAUGUGUGGAAAACUAUUGUGGCAAAUACUCCAAAGACACUCAAGGAAAUUAUGCCAGUUCUGAUGGAUACCCUGAUUUCUUCCCUUGCAUCAUCAUCAUCUGAAAGGCGGCAGGUUGCUGGACGAUCACUGGGUGAGCUUGUCCGGAAACUUGGUGAACGGGUACUUCCUUUGAUAAUCCCAAUUUUAUCGCAGGGGUUGAGUGACCCUGACAGCAGCAGAAGACAGGGUGUAUGUGUUGGUCUGAGUGAAGUAAUGGCAAGUGCUGGUAAGAGUCAGUUAUUGAGUUUCAUGGAUGAUCUUAUCCCCACCAUUCGAACUGCCCUUUGUGAUAGCGUUGCUGAGGUCCGCGAAUCGGCAGGUUUAGCAUUCGGCACUCUUUAUAAGAGUGCUGGAAUGCAAGCAAUUGAUGAAAUUGUUCCAACGCUUUUACAUGCGUUAGAGGAUGAUAAAACAUCUGAUACUGCACUUGAUGGCCUCAAACAAAUCUUAAGUGUCAGAACAAGUGCAGUAUUGCCUCACAUUUUGCCCAAACUUGUCCAUCUUCCCUUGUCUGCCUUCCAUGCCCAUGCACUGGGAGCUUUAGCUGAGGUUGCUGGGCCUAGCCUUGACCAUCAUCUUGGUACUGUACUUCCUCCUUUGCUAUCUGCAAUGGGCGGUGAUGACAAGGAGAUUCAAACUUUGGCAAAGGAGGCUGCUGAAACAGUGGUCUUGGUUAUUGAUGAGGAGGGCAUUGAGCCGCUAUUAGCAGAGCUCAUUAAAGGUGUUAGCGAUACUCAGGCUGCGAUCAGAAGAUCUUCUUCAUACCUGAUAGGAUAUUUAUUCAAAAACAGUAAAUUGUAUCUGGUUGAUGAAGCUUCAAACAUGAUAGCUACACUGAUCAUCUUGCUUAGUGAUCCAGAUUCAUCUACUGUUACUGUUGCUUGGGAAUCUUUGUCAAGGGUCAUCAGUUCAGUACCCAAGGAGGUACUGCCUUCAUACAUAAAACUUGUCCGUGAUGCUGUGUCAACAUCCAGAGAUAAAGAGCGUAGGAAGAAAAGGGGAGGACCUAUCAUCAUACCUGGAUUUUGUCUUCCCAAAGCAUUGCAGCCUCUAAUGCCUAUUUUUCUCCAAGGUCUCAUAAGUGGUUCUGCUGAACUAAGGGAGCAGGCUGCUUUGGGACUUGGUGAGCUGAUAGAGGUAACAAGUGAGCAAUCACUCAAGGAGUUUGUCAUCCCGAUAACAGGGCCUCUUAUCCGGAUAAUAGGUGAUCGCUUUCCCUGGCAAGUGAAGAGUGCCAUUUUGUCUACAUUGAGCAUCAUGAUAAGAAAGGGUGGCAUGGCCCUCAAACCUUUUCUUCCUCAGCUGCAAACAACCUUUGUUAAGUGUCUACAUGAUAGCACAAGAACUGUUCGAUCAAGUGCUGCCCUGGCACUUGGAAUGUUAAGCGGACUCAGUACUAGGGUUGACCCCCUGGUUGGUGAUUUACUGUCUGGUCUACAGGGAUCAGAUGGUGGCGUUCGUGGAGCUUUUUUGACUGCUUUGAAAGGUGUCCUGAAGCAUGCUGGGAAGAAUAUGAAUGUGGCUGUUAGAGGCCGUGUUUACAACAUCCUUAAGGAAUUGAUUCAUCAUGAUGAUGACCAAGUUCGGAUGUAUGCUGCAAGCAUUUUGGGUAUCCUGACCAAGUACCUUGAAGAUAUUCAGCUGAGUGAACUGAUUCAGGAACUGUUAAGUCUGGCUUCAUCACCAAGCUGGCCUUAUAGGCAUGGCUCUGUUCUUGCAAUGUCUUCCAUGAUCCACCACAAUCCAUCCCCAGUUUGCCUGUCUUCGUCUUUCUCCUCUAUUUUAGACCUCCUUAAGGACGCUUUAAAGGACGAGAAGUUCCCUCUUCGGGAAAGUUCAACCAAGGCAUUAGGAUGGCUCCUAUUAUAUCAAACUCAGGGGGAUCAUUUUGACCCUGUGCUGUACAAGGAUGUUCUUUCAUUGCUUGUUUCAUCCACCCGCGAUGACUCCAGUGAAGUUAGAAGAAGGGCUUUGUCUGCUAUAAAAGCCGUUGCCAAGGCGAGUCCUCCAGCCAUUAUGUCUAAUGUUACCAUUACUGGCCCUGCACUCGCUGAGUGCUUAAAAGAUGGAAAUACUCCAGUAAGACUUGCCGCAGAAAGAUGUGCUUUACAUGCCUUCCAAUUAACAAAAGGUUCAGAAAAUGUUCAAGCAGCACAGAAAUAUAUCACUGGCUUGGAUGCAAGACGUCUGUCGAAGCUUUCUGAAUAUAGUGAUGACAGUGACGACAGUGAAGAAGACAUGUCAAGCAGCUGAAAUGCGUACUUUCCAUGGGUGCUGCAUUCUUUUUCACAUCAUUAGGAUGACGACACACAGAGCAGAUAAGCGACCAAAUUUCUCUGGGCACGUUGUUAUAGUGGCAAUAGUAGAUGGAUGAAUUUACGCAGUUGAGGCUUGAUAGCCAAUUUUGCCAUCGGGGUAAUGGUUUUGUCUCCAUAAUUGUAAAUUAGAUGAGGCGUACUUUUUGUAACUAUUUGUGAUAAUAUAGUGUUUUAUUGUUUAUCCGUGCAACGAUGCUCCUUGUCAUUGCUCCGCAUGCUGAUUAUUUCUCGUGUUUGGAUGCUCGGCGUCUCAAGUUUUGUCAUUAUUUGUAGUGAGGGAUGGUAGGAAGGGUCGGUCAAAGUGGGCAAAUUGACGACGGGAGAUGAUAUCAAUUCCAGAUUUAUUUCUCGU